AUGAAAUUGUUCUGGCCCACGGUCUUCCAUUGCCUUUACUUUUUUUUCCUUUUUUUCUUUUUCUUCCCCGGCUUCCAUUAUUUUUUACAUCUUUUCUUUCUCUCUCUUUCUCUCUUCUUUUUUUUUUUUUUUUUUGGUUUCGUCUAUUUCUACCUUUUAUCUUUCGUCCCUUUUCUUUCCUUCUGUCCCUUUUAUUGUGUUUUCUUCUGUAUCUCUCUUUGUGCUUCUAUAUAUUUUUUUCCUGUCUUUUUUUUUGUGAUUUCUUUUGUCCCUUUUUUCUUCUGUCCUUUUCUUUUAUGUUUUCUUUCGUCCCUUUCUUUGUAUUUUUUUUCUGUCCCGUUUCUUUCUUCUCUCCCUUCCUUUGUGUUUCCUUUCGUCCCUUCCUUUGUGUUUCCUUUCGUCCCUUUCUUUGUGUUUUCUUUCGUCCCUUUCUUUGUAUUUUCUCUGUCCCUUUUUGUGUUUUCUUCUGUCCCUUUUUUUCUUCUGUCCGUUUCUUUGUGUUUUCUUCUGUCUGUUUAUUUUUUUCUUCUGUCCCGUUUUUCCUCUGUCUCGUUCUUUGUGUUUUUUCUGUCCCUUUCUUUCUGUUUUUUUUUUCUGUUUUUCUCCAACUUUUAUUGUUUUCAUUUUCCUUCUCUUUCUCUUCUUUUCUUUCCUUCUAUUUUCUUUUCUCUCAACUUAAUUCUAUUUUUCUUUCCUUCAUUCGCUUGUUUCUCUUUUUCAUUUCUCCUUUUCGCUUCAGUCUCUUUUCCUCCACUUCGGCUUCUUUCGCUAUUUUUUCUCUCUUUCACUUCUUUCUCUUCCUCCUUUUUUUUGUUCUUCCAUCUUUUGUGGUUCGAGUGUGUUCAGUCAUGCAACGUGUCUGCUUGUUUUUUUUUUUCCUAA